ACUCUGUGGUUUGGGCGUGUUUCAUUCCCAUGACGCGAAGUGUUUAGUAAACAAUUUUCUUUUUUUAAUUUAAUUGUAUAAUUUUAAAUCGAAAUGGGGGCGUCUAAUCGCACCACACAAGUGGCCCUUGGCGUGUCCGCGUUCUCCUUUCUCCUUUUCGUCAUAGCCUUCUCCACGCCCUAUUGGCUGGUUACGGAUGGGCGUUUAAACGAUCCACGAUUCACGAACUUGGGACUCUGGGAGGUGUGCUUCAAGAACUUCCAGGACAUCCACAGGUUCUACGACAACCGAUUCACUGGUUGCAUGUGGGUCUUCGAGGAGGAGUACUACAUCAUACACGAUUUCCUGCUUCCUGGCUUUUACAUUGCCGUCCAACUGUUCGCCACGCUGUGCUUCGUGAUGUGCCUCCUCGCUCUGCCAUUGACGCUCAUGUUCCUGCGCACUUCCCGUGACGACGACCGUUAUGUCGUCCUGCUCCUGUCGGUGGGAACGUGCCAGGUCUUUGGUUCCAUAUUCGGAUUUAUUGCUGUCGUCAUCUUUGGGGCCAAGGGUGACUCCCGUGACUGGAUGCCCGGAUGGCAGAACAACGAUAUGGGCUGGUCAUUUGCCUUUGCAGUAGUUGGGUCUGUGCUGCUCCUGCCCGCAGGCAUUCUGUACAUGGUGCAAGCCCGACGAGAGCGCUACAAGCGCCUCAAUGAGAUCAGCAACAGGGAGAUUAGCGAGUACGGCGACGACUACUACCAGCAUCAGGCGGCAGCAGCCGCUCCAGCCCCAUCCGCUCCAUCGCCAUCGCAGUCCUACUUUGCCCCCGAGCCAAGCCGGCCAAGACGCCCGCAGCCAGGACGUGCUCCUAGCGCUCCUCCCCACGGAGGAAUCCAAACAGAUAUUUAAAUCUGACGAAGUACCGAAAUAACCGUCCAUAUCCGCAAACAUUCGAAUACUAGCAUUUAACAUUCCGUCCAGAAAGUGCACACAUACAUGCCUUAUAUGUAUUUUAAACUUACACGUAAUCUCCAUAAGCUAUAUUUUGUAUUGUCCUUUGUGUUUUUAGUCCAAAGCAUGUUUUUUAAAAUAUAUAUUAAACAUUUUAUACACAAA